AUGCCUGGUAUAGGGAGAGUAAAACAUAAAGAUGGAACAGUGGUUAGAGACAGUGGAGGGGAAUGUUACGCUCCUUCAAUAUGCAUGAACUGUAAUAAAGGAUAUUAUCCUGUAACAUAUAAUUAUGGGUUCUGCCAAGAUUCUCUAGCCUGUCCACGACCAGCAAACUGCAACCUCCCUGUAUGUUCAUCAAGCAGUAACACAAGAUGUGAAUACUGUGUCGGAGAAUAUAUCAGAGAAAGACCAGGGUACAACAUUUAUACAGGGAAACCUGACGAUAGAAAAUGUCAACGGGCGUGUUCUUGGAAAGAAGGGUCUAGGUGUUUUCCCGGCACAUGUACUGGAGACAUGGUUCUGGACAAAGAUUGUAAAUGCGCUACUGGAUUUGAUGGAUCAGAUUGUGCUACAGCUACAUCUGCAAAAAUGCCUGUGAUUAAAGAUUUGUCCUUGACCUUCAUAGAUUCUUCAAAUCAUAAAUUUAUAGCGGAUAAAGCACUAGGAAAUGAAACAUUCUGGACAAAAGUUACCAUUUGGUCAAAGAUGUCAUUAAAGGCUGCUUCGAACUAUAAGCCCGACUUUGACAGCUCUGGGAAACCAAAUUAUAUAACGCAUUAUGUGAUUGGGAUAGAAGAUAUGAAUGUUGUUCUCACGUUAUCAAGGGGUACGGACAAAAGUGAAUGGACCAUUGAAGGAGGUUGUACAAACUUUAAAGAAAAUUGUGACAACUCUGUCCUUAAACAGCUAAAUAGCAUAUUAGAAUGGAAGAAAAUAUUUAAAGGAAACUUCAAGCACGGAGAUAGAAUCAAAUUUAGCGUAUCUGCAAAAAAUGGUGGCAAAGUGUUUUACGAAGACAGGAGUGCCACAAAGCCAUACCCUGAAAAGCAGUAUCUGCUAAAUGGAAUAGUAACAACCGAAACUCUCGAAAUUGGAUUUGACGUUUAUCCACCUAUACACUGCUUUGAACAGAGUAAUGACUGUACGAAAGAUGCACUCAGAGCAAAGGACUUCCUUACUGAGCCGAAGGUUACCGUGUACUGGGACGGAUGGACAGACGAGGAUUCUGGAAUUGACGAAUAUGUAUUUAAUAUCUAUUAUUUGGAGAAAAAGGGUGCAAACAGUCCUCUAUCAAAUAAAAAUAUGCUUCCUGCUAAGAACGCCAGCUCCUCUCGAUCAUCUUUUACACUUGAUCUAGAGGAACCAGGACCAUACUCAGUGAAUAUAAUUGUGUACGACCGUGCAAGGAACUUCAAAGUUUCAAGAAGAAUCAUACUGUUUGACAAUGCAUCAGUGGUUGGACUAUACGGUAACAGGAGUAAAAUUGUUCAAGCCCAAGACAAUAAUUGGAUCAAUAAACACAGCGAUACUAUUGAAAUAGUUUGGCCUGGUAGAUUCCGUAAUGACAGGCAUAGCAGAGGGGGUUGGCUCAAUGCGGUUGGAGAAAGUAAGGACGUCGGAAGAGACCUUGAUGAUCGUGAUGGAAGAUCUAGUAGAACAAUUGAAAACAUUGAUAAUAUUGAAGGAAUUGUACGAUUUGAAGUUGCGUGUACGGUUGAACUGAACAACCAUUCUAAAUAUACCAAUUACACACGGGUUCCUGGGGAGUAUUUUCAUCUUGAAAAAAUGGUAUACAAUGAUGAAGAUUUCAUUGAUGGCAAGAGGCUUACCUACUUUAUUCGUGGAGUUGAUGCUGUUGGACAACAUGCUGAAGACAGUGUAACUGUGAUGAUAGAUCUCUCUCCUCCAAAGAUACAGAAUUUGUGGCUCACAAAGGGAGAUUUGGUCAAUAUUAGUGUUCACAGUGUUUUGGAAUUGAAGGAACUCACUAUUGAAUGGGAAGCAUUUGACUAUCACAGCGGUAUACAUGAGGUGUCAUGGAAGAUAUUUGAUAAUUUUACAAAGAAUGUGGUCGUUCAUGGACAGUCACACGAACCGCCACAAGGCGAAACGAAGACAUUAGAUGAGUGUAAACAGAAGUACGGAAAAUAUUCUAGAGGACCAAACUGCUACUGUUCACCGUAUGAUGGAUGCUUUCAUAAACAUUACCAAAUAAAACCUCCAGUCUCUAAUGGCAGUAAUGGUGGGUUAAAAUUUGGAAAGGAAAUAGGUGAACAUGAUUAUGACUAUUUUAUAGAAGUAACUGUCAGGAACAUUGCUGGACUAACGACCGUUCAACAUAAAAAGAUCACGAUUGACACGUCACCGCCUCAUAAAGGUAUUGUCCAUGACGGAAUUUCUGGAGACCCAGAAGUUGACUUUCAACAGUCUCUUCAACUAGCAGGACACUGGGAUGGAUUUUUCGAUAAAGAAAGCGGUGUGUGGUUCUAUUCUUAUGGUUUCAGUGAAAGAUGUUUGAAUGAAAACGAGUUACACUUGAAGGUGAAUUGGACAUACGACAACAGGGCCGAAUUUACAGCACCAAAGUCUGGUAAAUAUUAUCUGACGAUAAUGGCAUAUAACCAUGCCCUCGGCAACAGCAAGCCUGUUUGUUCUGACGGUGUUACCAUAGAUGUAAUGCCAGCAGUUGUAUCUGAAGUUGUUAUUAAAGAUGCAGUUACAGCUAGUGGCCUCAUCAAAAGUGAUGUUAAUGACACGGUUUACAUCCUACAUAGAAACAGAGAACUUGAGGAAGUCAGACUUCCUUCUAACAAAUGCAGGAACCGAGCGACACCAUUGUCAGACUCCAUGAUAGUACUGUACCCUCAUAUACGGCGUUCUAACAGAACAAUGAGUUUUGUCAUUUUAAAUGACAACUGUAAUGAUCUACAUGGAGUCCAUUCAGACUUGAUUUCGUACAUAACGUCCGAUUCGAAGGUUGAUAUAUUAUGGAAUGUAACAGUUGGAGCUGGCAGUGUGCAUGAUUAUGAAGUUGGAAUUGCGUCUGAAAAUUCUACAUUCCCGGAUGUAUUGGACUUUACGUCAUCGCAUCAUCACCAACAUAUACGGUUGUUUCACCCAGAUAUUUUUGACGGGGAACAAUUUUAUGUACUGAUUAAAGCUAUUACGAAAUCAGCGGUUACAGACGUAAAGGUUAUUGGGCCGCUCGUUUAUGACUCGUCAAAACCAGAUUUUACGGGAGAGAUCAGCCUUUCUGUUGAACAUACUAAAGAAGAUACGUAUCUUAUCGCAAGAUGGGAGGUAGAUGCAUUCACAGAUCACGGAGACCCUAACGCUUUAAGAUAUGAAGCAGCGCUUGGUACUUCAAGAAAAGGUAAGGAUGUACUCCCGUUUCAUAGUUUAUCUACGGGCGGAAGUUGCAAUUCACUCACGCCUCCGACAUGCACGGCGUUUUCAACUCGUUCUCUUCCGUGGCAUCUACAUGGGGAACUUGACUAUUAUGUGACAAUAAAAGUAAAAGAUACUGCGGGUCAUUUUGUAACAGGCUGCUCCAGAGAAUAUAGGCAUAACGUUGAACUGGCGUCACAAGGAAUUGUUCAGGAUGUUGACGAUUCAAUAACACAGUUUGUUGAUAUUGACGAUAUAGACUACCAGACAAGUACAUCUAAGUUAACAACAAGGUGGUCAGGUUUUGAACAUCCUCACGAAGACAUCAAUUUUACUGUGUGUAUUUCUAAUGCUUCCAGUAGUGAUUACAUGAUGUGUGCACGAAGUGGUGUCACAAAUCAACAUACAUUUGCUGGUAUUGUUCUCAAACCGUAUGAGACAUAUUACCAUACUGUAAUAGCAGAAACCGAGGCUGGGAACGUUACUGCAGUUUCUGAUGGCGUCACUGUGGUUGUUGAAGGUGGGGAAAUCAAAGGAAUACGGGUGCUUGAUGGUCCGCUGUGUAAUGAUUCACUAAGUGGAGAUCUCAACCUGACAACGUCACAUCAUGACGAGGACAAACGUUUAUUAUGUAAAAUGGAUAAGGAUUUCCAGUCAUCUACAAAUGUACUUCAAGCCCACUGGACAAUACAGGAAGAAAAGAGUCAUUACCUCAAUGAUAUAUACUGGGCAAUAGAGGAGAGAGCUCCAGUUGCUAAUAUCUGGAAACUCCACACCGAUUAUCAACACUUGAGAACAACCGCAUCUUAUAUGGAAGAAAGUGGUUUGUUUCUGUCUCCCGGAAGGACGUACAGAAUCUCUUUGAAGUUCUGUGCCAAACAAUAUUGUUUCAAACCUGUACACAGUGACGGCGUCACUAUUGUUCCAAAUCCUCCAACAACGGGGAAUAUGACAGUAACAUACACAGAAAAUUCAACACUGAUCGAAGUGUCUUUGGAACCGUUCAAGGAUUCGGAUAUUGAAGAUUUGGUUCAGUCUCGUAAAGUAAUGGACCAUUACGAAUGGGCCUUUGCCGAUGAAUCUGUGUUAGGUCGCCUGCUUACAAAAUGGCAGCGAAUAGCAUCAGCUGCAUCCAUGACCGAUGUCUUGCUGAAUUUCACAAUAGACCUACAUGAAGAUGUUGCUUUUACGAAAUGUUGGAUAUUAGCGAUUCGGGGAUACACCAAAGCUGGUUUGUCGUCCACAGCGUCUUCGGAAAUCAGAAAUUGUAAAGAUCUGCAACAAGUCCGACCAAGUGUAGUUAUUGAUGCAGUAGGAGAACCUCUGUCCACUGAAGAUGACCAUGUCGGAAAAGAUAUUUUCCUGGACGAAAAUGAUGUUUGGAAGCAAUCAGAUAAGGAUUAUACACCGUAUAACAACAUUUUAUCUGCAGUGUGGCCAACUUUAAGGCAUUCGCAGUAUGCUUGGGCCGUGUUAUUAAUGAAAGAAGACGACCCAACUGUGUUUUAUGAUCGUUCCAAAAAGUUGGAUUUGAACGACCCAUGUGAACAUCCCGAUGCUAUCAAAUGUGGCAAAACAGAACAUGAAUUCAUAAACGUUGAUUUCAGUCCGGGAGAACUCACGCACGGUAGUCGUUAUAUAAUUUGUAUUCAUGCAAAUGAAUCAAAAAUUCAACACGAAUUCUGGGAACAGGAACUAGAUGAAAUUGACGAGUGCAGUAGUGGUGUGACUGUAGAUCUCACACCACCAGAUACUGCUGAAGUAUGGAUAGGAAAUGAGAAGGAAUAUCUGUUUCAGACAUCAACAUCAGAACUUACAGUGCACUGGAACUCUUUUAUUGAUGUUGAAGAAGAAGGAUAUGCUGCACAUGUCAGCGGUGUUACACACUACAAGGUGGCUUUAGGAACUACCGCUGGCGGUGUAGAUAUAAGACGUUUCACAGAUGUUGGACUCACAAAUCAUAAGACAUUUCACGACCUUAAUUUACAAAAUGGACACACCUACUUUGCUACGGUUAUCGCCUACGAUUUCACUGGUCAGUUUUCAAGUUCGAAAUCCGAGGGCAUUAAAGUAGACACAACACCACCACAACUAACAGAAGCCUCUAUUACCCUACCAUCUAGGCAUAUUUCCGAUACGGAGUUUGUUGAAGCGUGCUGGACAGGUGUCUUCAUGGAUGUAGAGAGCGGGAUAUCACAUUAUAGCUGGGCAGUGGGAUCACAUGCUGGUUAUGACGACGUGUUUCCGUUCGCUGAUACAGAGGACGAAUGUGCAAAAACACCAGAAAAUAUGCCAUUGUUUUUAAAAGAGGGACACGCAUACUUCGUGACUGUUAAAGCUCAUAACAAGGCUGGUUUAUACACAGCCACAUCGUCUUGGGCUUUCAUUGUGGAAGCAACACCACCUGUACCUGGUAAAGUGUACGACGGUCCUCCGGGAAUGGAUGGUUCUUGUGUUGAUGUAGAUUAUAUCGAAAAUAAUUCAACGCUAAAAGCUCAUUGGAAGGGCUUCCAUGACCCUCACAGUACUAUGGUAGAAUAUUUCGUGAAUAUAGGGUCGUGUAAGGAUUGUGAAGAUGUCCUUGUAAAGCAAUCUGUGGGUAUAAAAACAGACAUUGAAUUUACUUUUCUGCAACUGUCAGAAGGACUACAUUACUACGUGACUGUAACUGCUUGUAAUACAGCUAAUCUGUGUUCAUCUGCGACGUCAGAUGGAUUUGUUGUUGAUUCGACGCCCCCUGUACAGGGAAUAGUGACUGAUGGACCAUUGGAAACGGAAUUGCAGUACCAAGGAUCUAGGAACUACCUUGGGUGUGAAUGGGACAGUUUUACUGAUCCUCAGUCAGACAUAUCCCACUACGUAUGGAGGGUAGGAACAAAUAAAGGCGGUGAUGAUAUACUUCCUGCUGAAGAUGUUCACAAACAUGAGGAGGCAUUCAUUUUCGACCUCAAUUCUGAAUACGGAAAAAAACUUCCAAAGGGCGUUCGUAUCUACUGUACAGUUCGUGCAUAUAACAGAGCAGGAAAGUUUGCUGAAGUGACAUCUAAUGGUUUUAUUGUUGAUGAUACACCGCCAAUUUUCUUCACUCAUUUAUCAAUGUCUCCGAUUGGGACGAUUAAAAAUGGAACAACUGUUCUAAGAACAACCCUUAAAGUGUAUUGGAACGUGGUAGAUGAGGAGUCGUUUAUCGAAAGUCAACAUCUCUCUAUUUCGUCUCAUAUUGGGGGUGAUUUUAAUCUUUCAUCAACUAGGGUAGAAGGUAUUGUAAGGGAUUACACAUUUACCAACUUGAACUUUCAUGAUGGAAGUUAUUAUUGCAUCAAGCUAAUAUCCUGUAAUGGCGCAAAUCUGUGUACGAAAUCAGUACUCGCAAAUAUCCUUGUUGACAGUACUAGGCCAACACCAGGAACUUUUGCCAUUAACACUGACCAUGCAGCGGCUUUAGAUCGUCAACCUGAAGACUGGAUGACUUGGACAACAAUAUUUAUAAAUCUUGCUUGGCUCGGGUUUGAAGACAUACAUUCUGAUAUUCAUACAUACACUGUAAAUAUAGGAAGUCAGUUCAUGGGUAACGAUUUAAAUGAGGUGCCUUAUACACCGAUGAUUAUGAACCACGAUACCAACGCUUCUUUUCACGAAGACGGAAAAGUACAGACAUUCAAAUUGCGUACGCAAAAACUAAACGAAAACAAAACGGUUUUUAUUAGUGUGACAGCAAAUAAUCAUGUUGGGCUCUCCAGUGCAUUAGUGCAUUCGCAGUUUAACCUCCUUUUUGGAGGUGUGAUGGAACUUGUACGAAGAUGCGACAGUUAUUCCUGUUUAGGACACUGUGUUUGUGCUCCUCAUGGGAAGAUGUGUCACAGUAACAAACACUGUCAUGAUGUUAGUGGUACAAACAAUUCAAUGAUUGAAGUUGAAGAUUAUCUCGAUCUACGAUUCCCUGAUAACUACCAACUACCUCUUCAUUCUCCAAUCAACACAAUACUGGGCGCAAAAUGGAGUAUUAAGACUCAAAGCGGCGCACGUCCAAUUUGGUAUGAGUGGAGUGUUGGAGAAAGCGAUCAUGACGCCCCUCUAGGUGUUUUUGACACAGUAACAGACAAAGUGUGGCAUGAAUUAGGUCAAGACAGUUAUUGCGUGUUUACUGUUGACAGAGGUAGAAUGGUUCUGGAAGAACACAAAACUUACUCAGUGUUUGUUCGUGCUUGGUACAACAGUGAUACAUUUGCAAUAUUUAAAAGUGUUGGAGUAACGAUCUUUCAUACACCACCCUUAUCCAUCGUCAUAAAAGGCAAGACUGUUAAAGAAGUAAUAAAAGGAAGCACGAAAGACGUUGAUUUUAUCACAAGAAAUAUGCAAGUAGGAGCUGACUGGUCCGGCAAGUUUGGAGGGGAGAUAUCAAGAUACCAUUUGUACAUUAGUACUCAUCCCGGUGGUCAUGAUUUGCACACUGUUUCGAAGAACCUGCACCCACCUGUGACAAGUUUCAACAUAACUGGACUUAAAUAUGAGGAGAAUACCAAGUAUUACACUGUUGUUCAAGCAUUUAAUUUGGCUGGACUUCAUACUACUGAAGUAUCCGAUGGGUUUAUGCUUGAUUUGGAGCCACCAACUCCAGGAAUAGUUAUGGAUGGCCUUGUUUUGUUGGAUAAGCAUGCCACAGCUGAAACAAAUCGUGUACAAUCUUUCUGGCACGGUUUCUCAGAUAUCGGAUCUGGAAUACAAACCUACGAAUACUGUGUGUCCUCUGGUCCCAUAGCAGGCACCUGUGAUAUAAAACCACUGUCAUCAGUUGGUAUUGCAACCAAUAUUCAGUUUUAUCCGACAGACCAGCUUGAACAAGGUGGAGUUAUAAGGGGAGAAGUAAGAGCACGUGAUGUCAUUGGGCAUGUGUCUGAACUUGUUUCUUCAAAUGGUGUGAUAAUUGAUACAACACCGCCAGUAAGGGCUAAACGCGUUGAAUGUCAACCCAAUAUAUUAGCGGAUUCGUCCUUUGAAAACAUAAUGCACUUGGAGGACAAUUACACAAUAUGUGACAACAUAUCUGACUCACAGUGGAAUUUAUCAAGCAACACCUGCGUGUCUCUCGAAGAGUCCAGCAUGGCACAGCAUGGCGGGAUAAAACUACAUCUUCAAGGAUCGAUAUCACAGACUGUAAAUACUGAAAUGCAUGGUAAAUACAGGUUGACAUUCCAUACAUCGGCUAUACCGUCAAGUGUUUUACAUUUAUCCGCUGUCGAAGGUUAUACACAAGUAAAUGGCCAAAGACAUGUUUUCAUGAUGUAUAUUAAGCCCAAUACAAAUACCUAUGCUUGGCAAAAGCAUAUCUUCUUUUUCCAUUUGGACACUAACACAUCCACCGUUGAAUUUGGGACCGUUAAAAAUCAUGUCGCGUUUGCCUUAGACGGAAUUCAGUUUCAGCUUUGUGAAGUGUCUACUAAUGAAACAGAAGCAGAUGGACAUGUGAAUGUACAUACAGUCUUUGUUCAUGACUGGUCAUCAAUACAUGCUGAUUGGUCCUUUACGGACCCGGAGACAGAUAUACUGGAGUACAUGUGGGCUAUAGGAACUGUUCAAGGCGGAACUCAGUUACAACCAUUUCUGAGUGUGGGAAGACGAACUUUUGCUAGCAACAGCAGUCUAAGACUCGAACACGAUACAGUGGUGUUUAUUACCGUUGUGGCCGUAAAUGCUGCAGGUCUUCGUACUGUUAGUUAUUCAGACCCAAUCAUGAUCGAUCUGACACGGCCUGAAUGUAAAUAUGUUAACGACGGCUCAGUACUUGGUCAAGAUCUUGAUUUUGUGAGAGGACUGAAGCUAGAUUUUCACUGGGAUAUAUCAGAUCCUGAAUCUGGACUAAACCAAUGUAACUGGGCAUUAGGGUCUUCUGAAGGUGAUGUAUCCAUCCAAGAUUUUGUUCAAAUUCAACCAAAUCAAAUGAAUGCAAGUAAACUUUUUCAAAGUAUUCCUAAAGGAAAAGUAUACGUUACUAUUCGUUGCACUAACGGAGCCGGGUUAACACAUACAUGCUCUUCUGAUGGGGUAAAGUUGGUACAAUCACCACCAUCGGUAGAUGACGUUAUAUUAGAGCUUUUGACAACUUCCGCAACCCAGUAUGAGCCACGUGAUCACUACCAUGGCAACAACACUGAAAUACGAUUCCGAUGGACAGGUUUUAAAUCUGAUGACGGUGUUCAAAGCUAUUUGAUUGCCCUGGAUGGAGAUAAAGUUUCAGCUUCUGAAAUUGUUGAAAGUUCCUCGUCGGGUUACAGUUAUGCCAGUUUCACAGGUCUAACAAUGGCUGAUGGAGAGUACACUGUAUCUGUAACUGGUAUAAAUGAAGUAAAGAUGUACAGUCAGAAAAAAUCAGAUCGUUUUGUAUUAGUCACACACCCACCAAGUCUUACAGGUUCGCCAAUUAAGACAAACUGGAUAAAGAAGACGUCGACUGCCACGGCAACUUGGGAUAAUGUGUUUGUAUCAACUGAUCCUGUGUAUUAUGAAGUGUCAGCAAGACUUGCUGAAGGCGGGGAAGGAGAUCUUGUUCAGUGGCAAGAAACAGUUGAUACACGUAUAGAAAUUGUGCUUGAUACAAGUGAAAUGCCUGAAGCUGGUGUAACUGUCCGUUUCAGCGUCAGGGCAAUAUCGCAUUCUGGACUUUUCAAAUCAGCACAUAACGAUCUGUUUGUAUUACCUUAACACUCUUGUUGUUUCUUUGAGCUUUAGAUUGUGUUUUUCAAUAUUGAAAAGAAGUAAUGAUGAUAGUGUUGUAGCACUAUUGAAGCUUUUCUUCAUAAUUGAUUGAACAUAUUCUGACUCUUUCGUACAUACAUCGUUGAUUCCACGUGUUGAAACUGCGCUCAAAUAGUCUUUGUUAAUUUUAUUGUAUUAUGAAUCUUUUGAAAAUAUUUUUAGACUGUGUUAAUGCAAAUACCAAAAUUCACGAAAAGCAUCCAUUAUCAUUAUUUACUAGUAAAUUUCAUUUUUGUUUUGCAAAGCAGCU